AUGAGGCAAGCACAAGGUGGAGCCCUGAAGGCAAUGGGCUGGUCAGGGUCAGGCCCUGUGAUGGUAGCUGGGGACAGGCACAGUCCCAUGACCAGUGGGCAGGAGCCACUCCAAAUUUGGCAACCUAGUCACCACGGUGACUUCAGCUGCCCCAUCUGUCUUCAGACAGCUACUCUCCCUGUAGAAACCAACUGUGGACAUUUGUUCUGUGGUUCCUGUCUGAUCACGUACUGGAAACAUAGUCCCUGGUUAGCAGCAAUAACCUGCCCUCUCUGCAGACAAAAGGUGGUUCUUUUGGAUAACAUCUCUUGUGAUAAGCCAAAUAAACAAAUGGUACAUGACAUUAGAGACUACAACAAGCGUUUCUCAGGACAACCUCGACCUUUUGCAGAUUACCUCUAUGACAUGCCGUUAUUCCUGACUCUUGCCUUGAGAGGAAUCUUCACCUGCAGUGGUCUUGUAUGGAUGUUUUUCCUAAGAGUUGCUGUUUGCUCCUUUGGAACAAUCAUAUGCCUGUCUCCUCCAUUUGACACAAAGCCUGCACCUCUCUGCAGGACACUCGGAACAGCUGAUGACAUGGUGGUUGUUUCCCUUCUUUUAAUUUGCAUGAUUAACAUUUGUCAGCAAAUUGCGUCUACUGGGGUGAAUACAGCGACGUCUGCAGCUCUGAGCAGGCUUCAGAGUCCUGACUGA